GUGCCGUAGGGGAGGGCAGCACAGACCCUCAGACGCGAAGAACUCUCCACCCAGAGGAAGCCCGAAGCAGCCCCCCGGAGUCACGAUGAGCCACAGCCCAGAGCGGAUCUCUUCCUACCGCCGGCACUUUGAGGAUACCGGCGCCUCCUAUGAGGUGCGCGUAUCCAGCCCGUCCCCCACCCGCCGGGACACUCGCCGGGACACUCGCCAGCGCUCCCCCAGCUUCACCCGCGCUGCUUCAGCCAGCCUGAGAGCCCAGGCUGUGGGCAAGAGAACCUUCUCUAGCUCCAUCAGGCUCCGCCCAGUCAGCUCAGGCAUGGGCGCGAUCUGCAUGGGGGUCGGAACCGCGCCGGCCCUAGACCUGGAGGUGGCUGCAGCCGAGAACCAGCAGUUCCUCAGCACGCGCAGCAGUGAGCGCCAGGAGAUGGUCGUGCUCAAUGACAGACUGGCUCUCUACAUAGAGAAGGUUCGGUCCCUGGAGCAGCAGAACCGUCUGCUGGAGACGGAGAUUGAAAGUCUACAGAACCGGGUCGUGAAGCCAACCGGACUGCGCAAGCUGUAUGAGGAGCAGCUGAAGGAGAUGCAGAGAACGGCAGAUCAGAUGAAAAUGCAUCGGGACAUGGCUAUUGUCCAGAAAGAGGCUGUGGCCGGGGAGCUUCAGGCGCUAAAACUGAAAUACGAGGAAGUGGUGGAGCUGAGAAAAAAGGCUGAGCUGGAAAUCGAAGCUUUCCGCCCGGAUGUCGACACGGCCACCUCCUCCCGCAUUGCCCUGGAGAAACAACUGGAAAACCUGGAGGUCGAACUUGAAUUUCUGCAGAGGGUUCACAAGGAGGAAAUCGAGGAGCUGAUGAAACAGAUAUAUGGCAUUAGCGCCAUAGUUGAGGUCGGAUUCACCCUUCCGGAUCUCACCGCAGCACUCAAGCAAAUUCAACAGCAGUAUGAUGAUAUGGCAGCCAAGAGCUUGCAGGAAAUGGACACCUGGUACAAAACAAAAUUUGAUGACCUAAGCCAAGCAUCCACGAGGCAUGUGGACACCGUGCGGAACACCAGGCAGGAAAUAGCGGGAGCAAAGAAAGAUAUUCAGAGCAAAGACCGCGACUUGGAGACCCUGAAGUCCAAGCGAGAUGCCCUGGAGGCGCAGAUCCGGGAGGCGCAGGAGAGACACCGGAAGGAGCUGGAGGAGCUGCAGGCAAGAAUUGAGAGUCUGCAAAUGGAGCUGAAAUCAACUAAGGAGAAGAUAGCAUUACACCUCCGUGAAUACCAGGAUCUGCUCAACAUGAAAAUGGCUCUCGAGAUUGAAAUCACCACCUACAGGAAGCUGAUCGAAGGGGAGGACUCCCGGCUGAGCGGAAUGGUGCAGGGCAUGUCCCUGGUCAUGGGAAGAGGGCUGGGCUAUCAGGAAGCCAGCGCUUCUUACUCCAAAGAGCAGGCGGUGGAGAUGACGGAGAGAAAGACCAUGCUCAUCAGAACAGUUAAGACAGAAGACGACUCGAUGCAGAGCGACAUGCAGGAGCGGACCAUCACCAUUUCCGGGGCGGCUGACGACAGCGAGGAGGAGUAGGGUUGCCAUGUUCACGGCCGCGCCUGAGCUCACCGCUGACACCCCAACCCUCAGCACAGACCCAGCAGGACACAUGUGCCAAGCAGCUACUGUCCAACUCAUAGACCCUGUACCGCUUUUCUCAGAUUAACAGGCACAUGUCUUACGCUUAACUUCCUGAAACAAAUAAAGUUUUGAGCAGAUUGCAUGUA